UUUUCGGCAACUAUUUCAUCUCCACAAGCUUCCAAACAAAGAGAAUUAAUGGAAAGUGAGAUUUGCAAGUUUUGUUCUUCUGGUGGUUGUCCUCUGAUACGCUAGCUCUCCAUGAAACUGAAACCCCAAACCACCUUCAUCGUCUUCUCCAUUCUCAUCUUCAUGGGCACGAUCUCCUUCUCCUGCAAUUCUUCUUCUUCGUCUUCAUCAAUUUCCAAACAUGCCCGUGUCGAUUAAUCCGGCGCAGGAUCCGCUCAACUCAUGGACAACCUGAAGAAGAAGAAGAAGCAGAUCGAGAUUAGCGGCAGGAAGAAGAAGCAGAGAGAUCAGAGAACAUCAGUAGGGGUUUUGGGUUUUUGCGUUCUGGUAUGACCAUGGUUCCUUCUGUAGCUCGCCUCUCUGAAAUUUUAAGCGCUGGAGGUCUUAUGAGCCGAUUAGAGGGUUUUAAUCUUUAUGAUCAGUACAACAACAGUUCCAUGGCGGAAGAUGAUUCCAGAACUAACAGUACUACUCUCAACGACGAACCAGCUCCCUCGAGCUCCAAGGAAAAUAACAUCGCUGCUCAAGACGACGAGAGAGAAAGCAAUAACAAUAAUAAUAAUGAAGAUAAUGAAGCUGGGUGGCUUCAAUUGGGUAUUGGGGGAGGUCAUGUGACCGCCGGCCACGACCCGACGACGUCCCGGCGAGGCGGACCAGUCGAGCUUGACCUCUUCUCCGGCUCGCCGCCGCAGGCCGCUACAGCUUCCCCCUCGUACCAUGUCCCGGAGUUUCGGGUUCCUUCGGGUGCCGGAGGGUUCGGCGCUGCGACGUCGUUUUUGUGGCAACCGGGGAGUGGUGGGUCAGGGGGCGGUGCUUAUUUUCCUCAUCAAGAGAUUAACUGGGCGUUUAGGCCUGUACCGGUGAGAAGUUUAGCUUCAGGGUUUUCGUCGUGUUCGUCUCCUUCGACUUCGUCGUCAUCGCCGUCGUCUUCUGCGGCUUUGAUGAUGAUGAUGCCGCCGCCGCAGGCGGGAGGAGGGGCUUACUUCGGGAGACCGUUCCAAGUGGCGGGCGCCGCAGCAGUAGAUGUGGGUGCAGGGCCGAGCUCCGACCUGAGAGUGAUCGACGCUCCCCGUCGACCCCAUUCGGGAAUUUGGUGUAUGCUUCAAGCCUCGCAAAAUCAAGCUAAAGAACCUUUUUUGCCUCAGAUACCAAAGAGCUACCUGAGAAUUAAAGAUGGAAGGAUGACAGUUCGAUUGUUAGUGAAGUAUCUGGUUAACAAGCUGGAACUGGGUAGCGAAUCAGAGGUAGAGAUAACGUGUAGAGGGCAGCAGCUACUCCCGUUCUUGACUUUGGAGCACGUAAGGGAUAACGUGUGGAGGACGACGAGGGGCAAUUCCGUAACUUUCAUUCCACUGCCGGACCACUCCUCAACGGCCGACCAUGUCAUGGUGAUACACUAUGGUAGGAGUGCCUAAAUUAAUUGAUCGGUUAAUUAAUUAAUUAAUCAAUUUUCUAAAGUAUGAAAUUAAAUUCCUCCACCCAUUAAUUAAUUGUCUAAUUACUUAUACUAAUUUCAUGUGGGCAGUCUACUCGCUGUAUCAUUGUUA